AGUCCUCCGCUCAGCGGCGGGAACCCGAGUUGUUAUCCGGCGCGCACCUCAUUUCUCGUUAAGGAAAUAGAUCGGCUGGCACCGAUGCGAUUAUAUACGCUGUCCAAACGACAUUUUGUCCUGGUCUUUGUAGUAUUCUUUGUCUGUUUUGGUUUGACAGUCUUCAUAGGAAUAGCAGGUCCUAAUGUAAUUGAAACUUCUGUAGCAAGAACUGACUUAAAUAACAGCAUAAAGCUGAAGCCUUUUAAUUUAAGUUCGCCACCACUGUCUACUUAUAACCAACAGCUGUGGCUGACCUGUGUAGUCGAGUUGGAUCAGCAUGAUGUAUCACUCAAAAAGAAUGUUACUAUGACAGUCAAAGUGCUUGGAGUGGUGAAGGAUGGAAGCACACCCUAUGUUAAUAAUCAAGUUCACAACCGGACACGGUUGCUCAGUUGUGCACAGAAAUGCAGUGAAAUCAUUGUUGCUCACCUGGGCUACCUCAACUACACUCAAUACAACAUAUUUGUUAGUUUUGAAGAUCUAAAUAAGUUAACGUAUGCCAUACAGAAUAUUACUUUCACAGUAAGUAUAAAGUUUUGUUCUAGCAAAAGAGAUCUCUGGAGAAGUCUGCUUUAACUGUAAUAAAAAGUUACUUUAUUUUUGAACAUGAAAUAUAAAGAUGCAUUGUAAUAAAGCUUUCUGUCACUGCUGGUUUCAGAGUUGCAGUAUUUGUGUUAUUAGUGUUCUGGAGCAAUAUUUAUCUUCAUAGGGAAAGCAUUUUCUUUUAGAACUUCUAUUGCUGCUUUCAGGGACGGAUAAUUUUAGUGUAGUUCCUAGGAGGUAUUUAAUGGUAGACAAGCUGGACUAGAACAUCCAGUUUUCUGCAUUUUCUCAUA